AUGGCAGGUGGACAUAGUAUUAACAUACCUGGUGUGUUGCUGGAUGAAUUGAAAGGACGUGAUUAUUCAAAUGAUGAUAGAUUUAAUAAUCAACGAAUUCAUCAGAAUAAAAAGAAGAGAAAGAAUGGACCACAGUUAAGCAGAAAAGAAAAAAGAAAGCAAGAAAGAUUGGCUAAAAAGCAUAAAGCUCAAAAGCCAGAUGAAGCAACUUUACCACGUAAAAAUGAGAAAAGUAAAAAUGCAAUUACAAGUAAUAAAAAAGCUGUAAGGUUUGAAAUCGAAAAUAAAAAGGCUAAUAAAAACCCUACUGAAUUAUUAUUUUCAUCUGAUGAUGAAUUGUCUUCAGGAGAUUUUGAUGAAUUUGAGGAUGAUGAUUUAAACGAAGAAGAAUGGGAGCAAUUGAAAGAACUAGAAGGUGAAGAAAGUGAUGCUGAAGUCGCAAGUGACAAAGGAAGUGGUUCGGAAUAUGACAGUGAGGAUUUUGAAGAUUUCGAGGAAGAAGAUAAUGAUUCUGAUGCUGAGGAUGUGGAAUCCGAAAUGACAGCAGAAGAAACCAUGAAUAAACUAAAGGCAUUAAAGGAAAAAAAGUUAAGAAAGUCAGCUAACAGAGAAGAACUCCAGGAAGAAGAAUUAGACUUAGAAUCAGAUUUAGAAUCAGGUUCUGAAAAUUUCUCCGAAGAAAGCAAUUUAGAGUCAGAAGGUGAGACAAUGACUGUGGAAGAAACUAUGGCGGCUUUGAAGGCAAUGAAGGAUAAGAAAAAUAAAAAUUCCAAGGAGGAUAAAACAUCUUCUAAAAAGCAUAGAACUAAAAAAAGUGGUAAAGAAGAUGAUGAAGAAGUUGUAUACCCAUUAACACCGUCUGAACGUGCAAUGAUGGGAAAAGAUGAAAUGGAAAUGCAAUAUUAUGCAAAGAAAUUGAAUUUAAAGGGCAGCUCGAAAAAAAUUCGUGCAAGGGAUGAAUUUGAUGCUAUUGGUGGUUUGCUAGAGGGUUUAGAUUUUUUUGAAAACUUUGGUGAAGGCGAUGAAGAAUACGGUGAUUUUGCAAUUAGCAAUAAAACGGAUAAAUCCUUAGAAUCUGAAACUAGUGAAUCUGAUGUAAGUGAAUCUGACGAGAGUGGAUCCGAUGAAAGUUCGUCAGGUAAUGACAAUGGUAGGGGGGGUCUUGUGACGAAAGAAGGGGAAAAGCUUCCAUUUUCUUCUGAUGAUGAACUUUCUUCAGGAGAUUUUGACGAAUUUGAUGAGAAUGACCUAGAUGAAGAGGAAUGGAAACAAUUAAAAGAAUUAGAAGAUGAAGGACAUGAUAGCUUUGAUUCUGAACUUGAAGAAAGUUCGUCAAAAAAGGAAAAGAAAAAAAAGGCAAAAGAAAACCCAUAUAUUGCUCCGGUGAACAAUUCAUCUGAUGCCUAUAUUCCACCAUCCUUAAGAAAGAAGUCAUUGAAUGAUAAUGCUGAUUCUCAAGUCGUUGCUCAAAUAAGAAAAAUUGUGAAAUCUUCAUUGAAUAAGUUGUCAGAUUCAAAUAUAAUUGUCAUUGUAACCUCAUUAAAUGUCUUAUAUGAUUCAUUCCCUCGUCAAUAUGUUACUGAAGUUAUUUCAGAAGAAAUUUUAUCAAUUGUGAAUCAAAAGGAAAAAUUACUUGAUAGCUUUAUUCUAAAUUAUUCGGCAGUGGCAUACUCUUUAUGGAGAUUACGAGGUAUUGAAGUAGGGGCAUAUUUUAUACAGCAAUUUGUUUCAGUUUUCUUAAGUCACUUUGAGAAUCAAAUGAAUAAGAUAAAGGAUUCUAAUUUAGAGUCAAAGGAUAAUUUGAAUACACCCCAACUUCUUCCUAAGCAUUGUAAUAACAUAAUAACAUUGUUGUCAUACUGUUAUAACUUCGGUUUAAUUACCUGCAAACUUUUGUAUAAUAUUGUUCAUAUGCUUGUUGCCACUCCAAAUGAGUUUACAACAGAGUUGUUAUUAAGGAUUGUAGCUGUUUCAGGUCCUCAAAUCCGUGGUGAUGAUCCAAGUGCCUUAAAAGAUAUACUUUCGGAACUUCUGAGCAACGUUAAAUCUAUCAACAAUCAUGGUCCGCGUUUAAAGUUUCUAUUAGAUACUAUGUCUGACUUAAAAAAUAACAGGCUAAAACCAUCUGUGUUGGCGCCAAGUAACUCACAAGUGAAAAGAAACUUGCAACAAAAUUUAAAAAUAUCAGCCUUUAGUGAACCAAUCCAAGUUUCAUUAGAUGAUAUAAAAAAUAUUGAAACCAAAGGUAAAUGGUGGCUAGUUGGUGCAUCCUGGAAAGGUAAUAUGGAGAGUGCAUUUGAAGAAGCUGAAAGUCAAAAUGACGGUGGUCUUAAAAAUACCAGCAACCUGAAAAUUGUAGAUGAUCUUCUUGAUGAUAUACCUGAUUGGACAGAAGUUAGUAAACAACAGAGAAUGAAUACGGAUGUUCGUCGUGCUAUUUUCAUCAGUAUCAUGUCUGCCCAAGAUUUUAUGGAUGCAUUCACUAAAUUAGAGAAAUUAAACUUGAAGAAUAAGCAAAUGUUGGAAAUUCCAAAAGUUCUCACUCAUUGUUUGUUGACUGAUGGGGCAAAUAAUGGGUAUAAUCCAUACUAUGCGAUUGUUGCAAGUAAAAUCUGUGAACAUCAUCAUCAAUUGUUGAAAACAUUUCAAUUCUUAUUCUGGGAUGUAGUAAAACAACUUGAAGAGGAUGCUGUUGGCGAUAUUCAAACUGAUGCAUUCACAAACUUUGAUGAUGAUGAUCACAGUUUAAGAUUAAAGAAAAUAUCAAGUCAAGGUAAGUUUUUUGGUUCUCUUAUUGCUGAUAAUGUUUUGACACUAAAUUCUUUCAAACAUGUACCAGUAAUUAGUGGGUUGACAGUUGAAGGUGUUUUGUUUGUUGAACAGGUUCUAUACCAAUUUCUCUUAAGUGUUGCAAAGAAAUGUGAAAAGAAGUCAAAAACAAAAACUGGUAACAAGAAAUUUAUCUAUGACACUGAUUUCUUAAGGAAAAUAAUAUCAACUACAAUUAAACCAGAGAACAAGGAUGUCAUUCUAAAGGGAUUAUUGUGGUUUGUCAAAAAUAAAUUAAAAUAUAAUAAAUAUAUUUCUGGUGUGAAAGGAAGCAAAGAUUAUGAAAGAGAGUUGAGAAGAAUGGAAUGGGUGGUUCCUGAAUUUGUUACAAUAGCAACAGAAGAACAAUCUAGUUUAGGAUAA